AUGUACAAGUCUAUCGUUUUCUUCGCUGCCGCCCUCGCUACCGCCGUCGCUGCCUCGGACCGUGUCUCGGUCAAGGGUUACACUGCUGAUGUCAAGGACGUCGACUUCUCGUGCAAGUUCGGCAGCGGCGAUAUCCUUAAGGCCUGCGGCAAGUGCGCCCAGAGCAUCACUGAGUGCGCCACCGCCAGCAACAAGACCCGCACGAGCGUCUGCUUGAAGGACAUUUCUAGCUUCGCCGGCGACUGCGGUGGCUGCGCUGUCGACAUCCUCGAGUGCCUGUAA